AGUUGGCAACCCUGCGGCUGCACAUAGCGGCUGUAUGUUCAUUACGAAGUUUAUCUGAAGUCCAAUUGUUGUGUUUAUCGCUUUGUUUAACGCCACUCGGUGGUUCAGUGGUGCAAAUGUGCACGCAGCGAUGACUAACUGAACCAGACCAGCGGAAGACAGAAGAAUCCGUCAAAGAUUUCGAUCGAGAUGUCGUCUGUGGAUUGGGGCGACUUUGCCUGGAACUGGACGCAGUUCUGUCCCACGGGAUUGAAGCCGUUCGCCAACGAGACCAACGAUCUGCUGCCCUGCUUCCAGAAGAUCCUACUCCAGCUGCCCGUGUACACGAUCUUCGCCGCCAUAUCCGCCUACAAUUUCGGCAAUCAGUCGCGACCCGUCGUCCGUAAUGGAUUGCAAAUGCGAAUGCUUUGGAUACGGGCCUUCCUGGCCAUGGUACUGGCCCUGCUCCCGGUGGCCAAGGUGUUUGCCUUCCACCAGCAGGGCGUUGAACUGUUUGCGGCGGAUCUGCUGGUUGUCAGUGCCGAAUGCAUUAUGUGGAUGGUUCACAGCGGUUUUCUACUGACAGCCCGUCAAUAUGGAGAGCUGAGUCAUCGGGGAUCGCUGCUAAUCAAUGUCGUUUGGCUCACAGUAGUGGUAUUGGAUGCAGUGUGGCUGCGGACAAGUCGGCACUUUAGCUGGUGGCCCUGGAGCUUGGCCACGCUGGUAUGCGAUCUGCUGUUUGGAGCCACAUUAAUACCAAAAGGAAGUGCUGUCUACACCAGUUUGCCCAGAGUAGGAGCUUCUGCCAGAGAGGAUGAGGCUCUGCUAUCCCAGCAAUAUACGUAUUUUCAAUUCGAUCCGAAUGAGAGCCACUUGGGUCAUGCCCAGGAUGAAGCCAAUUGGGGAUCGCGUUUCCUCUUCCACUGGGUUCAGCCCCUAAUCCUCAAAGGAGUGGCUGGAAAGCUGAGAAAGAUUGAGGAUCUGUUCGAUCUCCCCGACGCUCUAAAUAUUACGCGACUGAGCGAAAAGUUGCACUUGGCUCUGUCGCAAUCGCAAAGUUUAUGGAGAGCACUGCAUAGAUGCUUCGGCGUGGAAUUUUACCUUAUUGGCAUCCUUCGAUUGAUCGCCGACUUGAGUGGUUUUGCUGGUCCUUUACUGCUCGGAGGACUACUCCGACAGGAUCACGCAGACCCCAAUCAAGUAUAUUACUAUGCCUUGGGCCUAUUCGGCAGCACAUUGCUGUCGGCUGUGUGCGCCACCCACUUCGACUGGCGCAUGGCCAUGGUGUCCAUGAAAAUGCGAGUGGGAGUGGUCAACUCAAUAUACAGGAAAGCACUAGAGGCGAGGGGCUUAAAGGAAUCUAAGCCGGACUUGCUAAAUCUCAUGUCAACGGAUACGGAUAGGAUUGUGAACUCCUGCAUAAGUUUUCACUUCUUCUGGAGCAUUCCCUUCAAGCUGUUUACCACAUUGUAUUUGCUGUAUCUUCAGCUGGGAGCCGCCUUUCUGGCGGGAGUAAUAUUCGCUGCACUUCUGAUUCCAAUCAAUAGAUGGUUGGCCAAGAGGAUAGGCAUAUUUUCAAGUGGCUUGAUGACGGCCAAGGAUGCAAGGCUAUCUGCCACAACGGAAACAAUGCAAGGAGCCAAGCAGAUCAAAAUCAAUGCCUGGGAGGAUAUAUUCAUAACAAAGAUUCGAGGACUUCGGCAGGAGGAGCUGCGAUUUUUAUCGAAGAGGAAAUAUCUGGAUGCCAUGUGCGUUUACUUUUGGGCCACCACUCCCGUGCUUAUGUGCCUGCUUACCUUUGGCGUAUCCGUUCUAAUGGGCAAUCAAUUGAUUGCUUCUACCACCUAUACCAGCGUGGCCUUGCUCUAUAUGCUCAUUGGACCAUUGAACGCCUUUCCAUGGGUGCUCAACGGCUUAAUUGAAGCUUGGGUUUCCAUUAAGAGAGUCCAACAACUGAUGGAUGUGCCCAAUUUGGAUUAUUCGUCGUACUACAAUCCCAUAAUGAGAGGAAGUGGCGGAUCUGGAACAGGGGAUGAUGCUCCUUUGGAUGCUCCAAAAGCCAGUGUGCUGCAGAUGAAGUGCGCUAGUUUCUGUCAUGAUAGCGAUGAGCACACAUCUCCAGCGGCGUUCCGCAUGAAGGAUAUAAAUGUGGACAUAAAAGCAGGACAGCUUGUGUGCAUCGAAGGCCCUGUGGGUGGUGGUAAAAGUAGCUUUCUAUCUGCCAUAGUGGCGAAUCUGCAGUGCACCGAUGGCGAAGUGUGCGUCCAGGAACUGACCACUGGAUUUGGUUAUGUGCCACAGUCACCUUGGCUCCAAAGGGGCACCAUCCGCGAUAACAUCGUUUGGGGCGCCCACUUUGAUGAACAGUGGUAUAAAACUGUUUUGCAUGCCUGUGCCUUGGAGGAGGAUCUCCAAAUCCUUGGAGGCGAUCUUGUCGGUGUCGGUGAGAAUGGAAGAACACUUUCCGGAGGCCAGAGAGCCAGAGUUGCACUGGCAAGAGCUGUUUAUCAGGAUAAGAAAGUUUACCUUCUGGACGAUGUGCUCUCCUCGUUGGAUGCCCAUGUGGCCAGGCAUAUUAUUAAGCACUGUAUUCUGCGACUGCUUAAGCACAAAACGCGCAUUGUGGUCACACGAAGUAUUCAAUUAUUUUUCCACGCCAAUCAAAUUCUUCAGGUGAAGGAUGGUCAACUACUUCCAAGUGAAUAUAUGACCCAGAGCAUUGACCUAAGCCUGGAUGAAGAUGCUGACGAUGAGCAGGAAACAUCAGCCAGGCGACGUUCGGUGGAGUUAUCCAACCAGGACGACAAGAAGAGUGUGGAUAGUCUGCUUUUGGAAGAAUCGAGAGAGUACGGACAUCUUUCUGGAAACGUUUUUACAUGCUACUGGAAGGCAGUGACUUCUCCACUGGCAUUUACUGUUUUGCUAUCAGUUGUACUCAUGCAAUUGACACGGAAUUUAAGUGAUGCCUGGCUGGCUUAUUGGGUCACUGAAACCACCUUGGAUCCCCACUCGAAUGACACUUCCUUGGAUCACUUGUUGAUGCGACCGACUGUGGGCAAUGAAACGGUGCCUGGGCACACAACAAAAUUCUAUUUGAGCAUCUUCACCGCAAUUGCUGUAAGCAAUUCCUUGGUGACAUUGGCCAGGGCGUUUCUGUUUGCCUACGCUGGAAUUAAAGCGGCCAUCUUUAUGCACGAAAAGCUACUGAAGAAAGUCAUGUUUGCUAAAUUCAACUUCUUUGACAUCACAUCAGUGGGUCGCAUUCUAAACCGCUUCUCAUCCGACACCAACACUGUGGACGACUCCCUGCCAUUUAUUUUGAAUAUUCUAUUGGCGCAACUUGCUGGCUUAGUGGGAGCUCUCUGUGUCAGCCUAUAUGCAAUGCCUUGGCUGGGAUUGGUGAUUAUUCCCAUGGUGCCCAUCUACCUAAACUUACAGCAGCGCUAUCGGCACGCAUCCCGGGACAUCAAACGAUUAUCGAGCAAUGCAAUGUCUCCGCUUUAUACUCAUUUUACGGAGACUCUACAGGGACUGACUACAAUAAGAAGUAUGCGAGCUAGUCCGAGAUUUCAACGGGAUUUCCAAGUGAAACUCGAGGAGAGCAUAAAGGCUCAGUUGACACAGUCGGCUGCCCAACAGUGGCUAGCUCUGCGGCUUCAGUUGCUGGGAACGCUACUUGUCGGAGGAGCAGGUCUUCUGGCAGCCAUUACCGCCUCGCACACAACCAAUCCUGGCUUGGUGGGCCUAUGCAUCUCCUACGCUCUCUCCAUUACGGGUCAAUUGGGAGAUCUUCUUCAUGCUGUGGCUGAAACAGAACAGGAGCUGGUCGCAGUCGAGCGUAUUGAUCAGUACCUGCAGCUGGAGGAGGAGCAGAAUGCCUCCGGAAGUGCUGAGGCUCCUUUUGGAUGGCCUAGCCAAGGAGUUCUAAGUUUUCGAGAAGUCCAACUCAGCUACAGAGAGCACUUGGCGCCGGCUUUGAGAGGCAUAAGCUUCCAAACUGAAGCCUUCGAGCGAAUUGGCAUCGUUGGCCGCACUGGAGCUGGUAAAACUUCUGUGUUAGCUGCCCUUCUGCGAGUGGCACCAUUGUCGCACGGAGAGAUUCGAUUAGAUCAGGUGAAUCUAAAAACAUUGCCUUUAAGUGUGCUUAGGGAGCGAGUCGGAGUCAUCACUCAGGAGCCCUUCCUCUUUGAAGGCACUGUGCGGGAAAAUCUGGAUCCUCGUCAUGGGUUCUACGACUCGGAGAUCUGGCACGCCAUUAAAAACUCCGCAGCGGCUACUCUGCUCGUUCAGCAGUUGGGUGGGUUGGACGGAAAAGUUGAGACGUGUGGCAACAACCUAUCCGCCGGUCAAAGGCAACUGCUUUGUUUGGCAAGAGCCCUGCUGAAAAACGCCAAGGUGGUGGCCAUCGACGAGGGCACUUCCAACUUAGACGAUGAAUCUGAUCUGAGCAUUCAGCAGGCCUUAAGAAAUGCCUUUAAGGGUUGCACACUCCUCUUCAUCGCCCAUCGCCUGCGCGGACUGCACGCCAUGGAUCGUAUAAUUGUGCUGGAUGAUGGACGGAUUUGUGAGGAAGGGAAUCCCCAAAGCCUGGCCUCCGAUAGUUCAACUAUUUUUUAUAGCAUGCUAUUGGCCCAGGACAUUAACCCAGAGGACUUUAUAAGAUCGAAUUAGCACUAU